CUCUGCUUGUACUUGAACUAAGUAAAGCAUACUCCAUUUCAGUCUCAUCCCACUAAGCUCAGCCAGAGCGUCAGUCGUUAACUUGCUGUGUAGGUGUAGUCGCAGGAGUGAAGGUCAGAGUGCGCAUCGAUGGCUAAGAAGGUGGUGGAGAGCAGCGACGAGUCGGACGGUGGAAACUCCAGCGCCUCGGGGUCCGUCAGCUCUCGCUCAGGCUCUGGAUCAGGAUCAGGCAGCGACUCAGGCAGCGGCAGUGGCUCAGACUCUGGCAGUGGCUCGGGAUCAGGCAGCGGCUCAGGCUCGGGUUCUGGAUCUGGAUCUGAUUCCGGCUCAGGAUCAGGUUCCGGCAGUGGAUCUGGCUCAGGCUCAGGCUCGGGAUCAGAAGCUUCCGUCUCUGAUUCGCCCAAGAAGAAGCUCAAGAAACGACGCUCACCCGCCCCCAAGAAGCCAAAGGCUCCCGCGAAGAGCAAGAGCCGCAAUAGUAACAAGGCGAUUAAGAAGGAGGCGCAGGCAAAGGCCAAGGCUGAAGCAGAGGCGGAGGCCGAUGACGAAGGAGAAGCAGGAGGCAGGAAGCGACGCGGCAAGCUCCAGAUCAAGGAAGAGGACGAGGAAGAAGAGGAUGACGACGCGGACGUGGCUGGACUUACGGAAGUCGAGAAGGAGAAGCGCUUGCUGGAGAAAUACGAAGCUAAAGAGCAGCGUAACAAGGAGCGAGAGCUCAAGAAGAGACUCGCGGCCUCCCAGGGCAAAGCGGAGGACGGAUUCUCUGAGGAGGAAGAGCAGGAGGAGCUCCCGACACGACGUGGAGGACGCAGCAAGGAGAGCGAUCGCCGUAAGGAGGCUCUACACAACCUGAAGGCCAAUAAGUCCAGUGACAAGAGCCGCUCGAUCUUGAGCAACAGAUUUGGAGACGACGACAGCUCGGAAGAGGAAGGAGGCAGCAGAAGUGGACGCGACUUGGCUGAGAAGCGACGUCGUCGUAGAGAGCUUCAACGUGGAGGCUCUGGACGACGUCGCAGUCAAGACGAUGAUGACUAUAGCGACGAGGACAGUGAUGGGCGCAAGCCCAAGAAGCCCAAGGCUGCAGAUUUAACCACAACAAAAAAUGCAGAUGAAGAAGAGCUGGCGGCAGCUAUUCGUCCAGAGGAGAACGUGCCUGUGACCUGGGAUCAAGCCAAUCACUACCUGUUGAAGAGGAGAACCUUCUUUGAGAAGCAUUUCUUCGAGCCGUUCUUCGCACAGCUUGUGCGUGGUGUGUAUGUGCGCAUUCCGAUUGAGAUGGUUGAUGGCGAGAUGGUCUACCGCUUCUGUGAAGUCGUGAAUGUCUGCAAAAUGGCGCGUAGCUACACGUUUUGCGGCGAGACGACGAAUACGGGGAUUAUCUGUGCAUUCGGCAAGAGCAAACGCGAGUGGAAGCUGAAUGGCGUGUCGGGUCAUUCGCUGCGUGAGCGUGAGUUCUUGUUGUGGCGAGCUGUGGUGAACAAGGAGCGUCUCCACUUCCCUACGUAUGGUGAAGUGAAGCGCUUGUAUUCGAAGAAGCAGAGGAUGAUCACACAGCACAAUUACACAGACACUGAAGUGGACGAGAUGGUGAGACGUAAGCAGGCCGUGGGUCUGUCCUCUGUGUCGCUUGGUGUGCAGCGCGUGCGCUUGGAGCGUGAUUUGCGUGCUGCACAGGACAUGAAGAACUUCGAGAAGGCUGUGGUACUGGAGGAAAAACUGCAGAAAUUGCUGGCCAAAAACGAGGAGCGAAAGAAGCACAACUCAGACGACGUGCUUCGUAUCAACGAGAUCAAUCGUCGCAACCGCGAGGCCAACAUCCAGCAGGAUCUCAAUGCUCAGCAGUUGAACGAUGCCAUGAACCAGAAGAUGACGAGUGCAGAACGACUGCAGUUCGUACGUGCUAACCAGAUGACCAUGUACAUGUCGAGAGACAAGCUGGAGAAGAAUCUAGCAGAGGGCAAACUGAUCAAGCUCAAUGACGGCCGAGUCAUGACGUCGAACAAGCUGCACGUGGUUGAGGCGCUUCCUGAUGAUCUACUGGACAAGGUCAAGGGCGUCGGUGAGAAGAAGGCUACAGAUAGUCUGGAGAUCGAUAUCGAUCGUCUAUUGGCCAAGCAGCAGGAGCGCAAACAGAAGGACGCCGAGCGUUUAGCGGCCAAACGCAAGGAGCGUGAGGGCCAGGUAGAGUUUGUGGGCACUGCCCCCACGAAUGUACAGGAGAUGGCGAACGCCACCAUCCGUAUCAAGGAUGACGAUGGAUCGUGGAUGACCCUGCGCUCACCCGCCGAGAUCAUGAAGGAGAAGAAGAACAAAACCGUCGUAUCGGACAAGGUCAAGGCCUCUCGCAAGGGCAUCACUGUCAAGGAAUACUUCGACCGUGUCAAGAAGCGACGUGUGGCUCAGUAAGCGCCAAGCUACGCCGCGCUAUUCCAGCCAUACAUGCGAGGAUACGCAACGAAAACCGAACAAAAAAUGCACACUAGAUGAAAGUCGACGUGUUGAACUGCAAAGUUUGCGGGCAGAUCUCCGCUUUAAUGCCCUUUAAUGUGAUGGGCGUACGCGUUGCAACACAUAUAACAUACUCUAUCGUUUACCACGCCUUGACUUGCUCCCAGAGCUUCCGUCGCUCGGCCAGGUGGUUGAUAUGGAACUCUUCGAACCUUCCGACCGUGAUGUUAAAUGGGCAUUCCUGUGGUCGCUUGCCGAAGGCUCCAGGGUAGAGCGCCCACGGCCGCGCCUUCAUAUAAUACACAGGCUCCACAUCUGGCUUGAAGUGUAGAAUGCGAUCGCUGUUGAGGUAGAACAAGGGGACGUUGUCGUCCGGUACCCCGUCUUGGUGGAUCGGGAAGACUUGAGCCAUGUCGCCACACAGCGUCGAGUUCUUGGGACCGCCAUCCUCAACCUUGGUUCCAACAGCUCCGAUGGCGUGGUCCGAGAAAGAAUACUGCGUCUCAGCUAAUUCGUUUGCGUAGAAGAACAAUUCCUUGUCGCCGUAAGACGGAGGUGACGCGAUGUCGUUCUGUGCUACGAACGAGGCCAGGAUGGCUGUCGCGCGAGGCUGACGCUUCUUGUUCCACAUGACCAGAGACGAGUCAACUUGGUGACCUGAUCGAAGGUUGAACGAGUGGCUGCUUAGCAAAAAGUCACUCGGCUCGAAGUUUAGCUUGACGGGCGUCUUGUUUUCCACCGUAGCCUUGGGACGUGCAUGUGUGGGCAGCGGUCUGAAUGGCGUGACGUCAAAGUUGGCGAAGUAUUUCUGCUCCACUGAGAUGUCAGGCUUUUUUGACGCGCGUUCGGCCAUGAACCACCAGUCGUGACUGAUACGGUCGUGCAUCAAGAGAUUUCCCGUGGUCUUGAAUUUCUCCGAGUCGAACAAGACAGUCGGGUUGACAAAGAACGUCGUGUCGGCAUCCAGCAUCAGGAUCUCUUCAAACUGCGAGUAACUAACGGCAAGCGGCUUGAUCAUAAACGACCGGAACUUGGUGCGACAGCCGUCAAUAUCGUCACAGAACACUGGUCGGGAAGCAUUCGUGACACUCUUGGCACUUGCAGCCAACUCGCAGACAUCGUAGGCGCGAAUUUCACCAAGCUCCUUCUUCGUACGGAUCAGUUCCACAGUCUCAGGCUUGAGGUCAGUGCAAUGCGGCACUUCAAUGGGUAAAGUGAUGCCCAUAGCACGCAAUUCGAGGAUUAGCGAGAAGCCGAGGCGAGCAAUAGGCUCGUAAAGCGGCAUCACAAUGCCUCGCUUAAUAGUCAUCCGCUGCGUGAUCUGGCUUAACGUGUACACCAGUUGCCUCUCCAUCAUCUCGGUCGUCCGUUCAAUUUGAUUGUCUUGCUUGCUCUCUCGAGGUGGAUCGGGAGCCACAUCAGCUGAACUCUUGCCUUGCAUCUCGGCGAUCACCUUGCGUAGAACUCCAUCAAUUGCCAAGUUCUGCUCAUCCAAGUUGGCCGGCUUCUCUUUUCCAACGCGAUGCCAAGCGUCCACCGCUUCGUAGAUAUGCUGUCGCCCCGCCAAGUGUCUUUCCUCCUCUGCAGACAGCUUCCCGGCUGUGAUACCAAACGGACACUCCUGCUUCCGCUCCCCAAACGGACCAGGGUAGAAUUCCCACGGCCGUGCCUUCAUGUAGUAUACAGGCUCCGUUUUGGGUCUGAACCACAGUAUCCGGUCACUAUUGAAGUAGAACAGAGGCACAUCAUCAUCUGGCACGCCGUCUUGAUGAAUUGGGAAAACCUGAGCCAUGUCACCACACAGUGUUGAGUUCUUGGGACCGCCAUCAAUGAGCUUGGUACCAACAGCACCAAUAGCGUGAUCAGAGAAGGAAUACUGCGUCUCGGCCAGUUCACUGGCGUAAAAGAAGAACUCCUUGUCACCGUAAGACGGAGGUGCGGGAAUGUCGUUCAGCGCAAUGAAAGACGCCAGGAUCGCAGUAGCACGUGGUUGUCGCUUUUUAUUCCACAACACCAGAGAGGAGUCCACUUGAUGGCCUGCACGGAGAUUGAACGAAUGGCUACUCAGCAGAAAGUCGCUUGGCUCAAAGUUUAACUUGACGGGCGUUUUGUUUUCCACUGUAGCCUUGGGGCGUUCAAGGGUAGACAGCGAUCGGAAUGGCUUGACAUCGAACGUUGCGAAGUAGUUCUGCUCCACCGAUACAUCAGGCUUCCCGGGUACUCGUUCAGCCAUAAACCAAAUCUCAUGACUGAUGCGGUCGUGCAUCAAGAAGUUGCCUGUUUUGUUGUAUUUUUCAGAGUACCAGAGCUUCGCAGGACUCACGAAGAACGUCGUAUCGGCAUCGAUCAUCAUGAUCUCCUCGAAUCUUGAGAACGUCACAGCGAGCGGCUUGAUGAUGAAGCCGCGGAAUUUGGCGUGGCAGUCCUCAAUCUUCUCGCAGAAAACCUUCCGGGACGAGUCCAUGACGCUCGUAGCUCGUUCAGCCUUGGCACAGACGUUGUAGAACCAGAUCGUGCCCAGUUGUUGCUUCGUCUGAUACAUUUUCUGAGCGUCCUCAUCCAGGUC